AUGGCGCAGCUAGCGGUGCGCACGCGGCUGCUGGAGUAUGGCCUGCUCCCUCUCGCGGCCCUCCUGCCGGACCUGAGGCGCAUCGCGCACGUAAUGGAGAUAUUCCGGAAGCUCAAUGCGGAGAGCGUUCAACAGGAGAGCAACUUCUUCGUCGAUAUUUACCACGCCGCGUACUCCGUCGGGCUCAACAUCCCGCAGAUGAAGGCCCUCGUGGACGUCCUCGACUCCGUCGCCACCACGCAGGUCAUUCGGACCGGCCUGCAGCCCGGGGCGGACACCCGGUUCGUCGACGUGCAUGCGGUGCUGCUCUUCCUGGUGUCGCAACUGUUCGAACGGCACACGAAAGGCAUGGACGACAUGGUCUCGAGGCAGACGAACGAGGUCUGGCCCAUGUCGGGCGGUCCGCACGGCAUGCCGAGCCCCACGCGCGCUCCCGGCAGCCCAGGCUCCGCAGGCAUCGCCGCCGCGGCGGCGCAGUCCGCGCCGGGCUUCCACUCGCAGCUCGGCCACGUCGCCAAGGGCUUCAGCGACUUCGUCCUCAAGCACGCCGCCGACCUCGUGCGCCUCUGCUCGGACCGCGGCCACCUCGAGGACCCCGCCACGAUCCGCCCGGGGGAGUUCGACCGCCUCGGGCUCCUCCUGACUCAAGCCGGCACCGGAGACCCCAACACCCCCCCCCCGAAGCCCCCGCGGCUGUCGACGCUGUGCCCGCUCUUCAAGGACGGCAAGCCCUGCGCGGCCCCGGACCUCGUCGCGUGGCUCCGCGGCCACGUCAGCCCCCCCAGCAUCGGUGCCGCUGGCAUCGCCCUCGGCGACAACGCCUCCGCGCAGGAAAUCGUCGGGCUGCACCGCGCGACGGUCGUGCGCGGCGAGGACGCGUGCCCGAGCGGGUCCCUGCGGAUCCUCGGCUGCCACGACUCCGUGAUCUACGCACUGUGUCCAGUGCAGUACUGUUCUCUGCAAGGGUGCACGGACUGCACCGUGGUGGUCGGGGCGGUCGGGCGGAUGAUCCGGCUGGAGCGGUGCGAGCGGCUGCGGCUGAUCGUGGCGUGCAAGCGCGUCACGGCGUCCACGUGCCACGACUGCACCUUGUUCCUCGGGACCAACCGGCCGCCGUACAUGCUCGGCGACAACCGGUUCGUGCAGGUGGCGCCGUACUGCACGCGCUACGAGCGGCUCCAGGCCCACCUCGACAUGGUCCGCGUGUCGUCCCUCGUCAACCUCUGGGACCAGCCCGUGUCCCUGGCGCGCAACGGCGGGAAAACGCUCUCGGGCCGCGGCCUGUCCGACACAGGCAUGCCCGAGAGCCCCAAGGCCCCGCGGUCCCCGAUGCGCCGCGCGGGGAGCGACUUCGCGGCGAGCAGCCCCACGGCGGGCGCGUCGGUGGGCAGCGCGGCGGCGUUGCUCCCGCCAGACCAUUUGAUGCCGUUCGUCAUCCCGUUCCAGGGCGCCGGUGGCAAGAUCGCGGGCGGCGCCCCGCUGAUGCACCGCGGGGGCAGCGGGCGGGAGGAGUACGGGCUGGGGGGGGGUAUGAAGGUGUCGGACAACGUGCAGGGGGGGGUGUUUCCGCUGCCGAGCGAGUACGCGCAGGCGCUGGAGCGCAAGCUCAUGGCGGUGUCGCAGCUCCGCGGCGCCGUCAAGGGCGCGGAUCUGCCCGAUCCGCGAAAGAACGAACUUCAGGCAGUUGUUCAAUUGGCGUUCAAAGACUGGCUGGUGUCUUCUGGGAAUAUGAGGCAGGUGCAGGACAUCGCGAAGCUGGAGAAGGACGCGGGCGGGGGCGGGUCGUCGUCGCGGGAAAAGAGCAAGCAGGGCGGCGGGGCGGGUGACGGCGGCGAGGGUGGCGGCGCGGCGGUGGAGGGGGUGGCGGAGAAGUUGCGAGACACGGGGCUGGGGUCGUGA